GGAGCCGUACUAUGUGCGAUGCAUCAAGCCCAACGAGAUGAAGUCGCCGGUGCUUUUCGACGAUGCCCGCUGCCAGCACCAGGUGGCCUACCUCGGCCUGCUGGAGAACGUGAUGGUGCGCAGGGCGGGCUUUGCCUACAGGCAGCACUACGCUCGCUUCCUGCAGCGGUAUAAAAUGACGUGCGAGUACACCUGGCCAAACCACCUGAUGGCCUCGGACAGGGAGGCCGUGGAGGCCAUCGUCACCCAGCACGGUUUCCAGGACGACGUGGCGUACGGCCAUACUAAGCUAUUUGUCCGAACGCCACGAUCUCUCUACACCCUGGAGCAGGAGAGAGCCGCACUCAUCCCCAUCCUGGUGCUUUUCCUGCAGAAGGUAUGGCGUGGGGCUUUAGCUCGUAUGAGGUGCCGGCGGAUGAGGGCCAUCUACGCCAUCAUGGGCUGCUAUAAGCGCUACAAGGUCAAGGCUCACUUCUGGGAGGUGGAGCGGAGGUUCGCUAAUGUACGAACUAUGGCCGACUAUGGAAAGACUGUGGAGUGGCCGACCCCGCCUGCAGCUCUGUCCCAGUUUCACAACAAUACAGUCAUGCUGCAUCGCAGGUGGUGGGCGAGGCAGAUCGUGAAGAACAUCCCUCCGUCUGACAUGCUGGAGGUUCGGGCCAAAGUGGCAGCUCUGACUGCUCUGAGCGGAGAGAGGAAAGACUGGGGCUUCAGCAGACCCUGGGAGAGGGACUACCUGGCCAAUGUGCGAGACUGCCCUCAGACCAGCUCCGGCUUCAUCCGGGUUUCCAAGGAGCUGAGGAACAAAGACGAGUACAGUCAGGUCCUCUUCUCUGGCUUCUGCAGGAAGGUGAAUAGAUUCAACAAAAGCACAGACCGCAGCCUGCUCGUCACAGACAAGUACGUCUACAAAUUAGAGCCAAAGAAACAGUACAAGGUUUUGAAGAGGCUUCCUUUAGACACUUUUACAGGAGUGAGCGUGACCAGCGGGGUCGACCAGAUGGUGGCGCUGCACACGUCCUCUCAGGAUGACGUCCUGCUGUGUCUGCAGCGAGGGCAGCUGUGCCCCAACCAGGACCGAGUGGGCGAACUGGUGGGAUCGCUGGUCGACCACUUCACACGGUCAGUUCAGACGACAACACGCUGUUUCCUCACCGGGAGCAAACUCUGCUAAUUUUAUCCUGUGGUU